GUCCAGAUGAACCUUGAUCACACAACCAACGUUCUUGUGUCCAUCAUUCGACAACGACAACAUGUAUCGCGAUAUCAGGUAGCGAGUUGCAUACCGUAGAGACUUAAACGAUGGCUUCCCCUCGCUUCCUGGUCGUCAGCCUCGGCAAUCAGGCGCCUUAUUUCGACUGUCUGCACUCCGCUGGCCACUUUGCGAUCGCCGCCGCCCAGAAAACCCUGGCACCCUCGCAACCCCCAUUCGCGACGGAACGAUAUGGCAAGAAAUCGUGCAAGGUCUCGUCGGCCAUUCCAUACACCUUCGUGCAGAGCCCUACCAUGAUGAAUAUCUGCGGUCCUUGGGUUCACGCCACUUGGAAGGAGCUGCUACAGAGACACCACCUCCAACCCUCAGAAUUAGGACUAGUCCUAGUACACGACGAACUCGAAGCCACCCUUGGUACCGUCAAGAUACGAAAAUGGGACGCCAGUCAUCGCGGGCACAAUGGCGUCAAGAGCGUCAAAAAGAGCAUGGAUCCGCUCAACUAUCCGCGAGGCCGUUGGUCUCGCAUCACUAUCGGCAUCGGUCGACCCGCGGAACGAACAUCAGAUGUAGUCUCCGAUUAUGUCCUGCGCAAAAUGACAUCGCGCGAAGUGAAGACGAUAGACACCGAGGUCGGACCUAAGAUCAUCCAUUGCCUACGCGAUCUACAGGAUGAAUGGGAGAAGAGUCCUUGACAGAACGCAGAUGAAAUCCUAACUGUUCAUCAGCGAACAAUCCUGAUGGUGGUAGUCGCCAUUUUCACUACUCUCCCCUCUUCUUCUCUCGAGUCUACUCUCAUGAUCCCCUUUGCUGUUCCGCGUGAAUUGCAACUCUGUGCCAGCGGACCCAAAGCAUAUCUACCGCAUUAGCUGGUAAUCAACGUACCGUGCAC